AUACUAAAUUUUGCGAUGAAUUUUCUGUUUAUAUUCAGUGGAUGUAGCGUCCGUAGCAGCGAAAUAUGAUGAGCGGCGUAGGCAGGUUCGGGUUUUAAGUUCAAGGCUUGAUCAAUCUUUGUGAUUUGGCAUGGGGCUCUACAUUGCUUCAGAACUGGUAUUGGUAAUCAUACUCAUCGUAAACGACAGACAAGCUCAAGGCGUUUUACAAUUCACCCAAGCCCCAAGUAAUCAGGCCGUGCUCUUAAACCAGGCCCUCUGGUGGCAUUGCAUUGCCAGGGCCAGCAUCGGCAGCCAGGAACCAACCUACUCCUGGGUACGGGGCAGUCAGAUGGUGAUUGGUGGCAGUGAAGGAGUGGCUGUGUUCUCAAACGGUACCUUGUACAUCGAGACGGUGACCCAGGAGUUGCUAGGGAGCUAUCGGUGUAGGGUACAGAGCGGAGUACAGAGGAUCGAGAGUGAUGAAGUUACAUUGGCUUUGGCAAGUCUUGGCAUUAGCUUCACAGCAAGCCCAAACAGUGUAACCCAAAACCUUGGAUCAUCCCUCGCACUCCAUUGCUCCAUAGCAAGCAUUCCCAUGGCAACCAUCACCUGGCAACUAAAUGGUGAUGACAUCUCCAUGACAACUGAUAUCAACACAUCGGAGGUGGGUGGAGUCACGACAAGUGAGCUAGAGGUCAAUGAGCUGGAUCACCAAUAUGGAGGAAAUUACCGUUGCCUCGCAACCAAUCACCUUUUGAUUGGUUUAACAAGAUACAGCCAGUUGGGAGAAGUGACUCUAAUAGGUCGACCAGGUUUCUCUACUACUCCUGAACCUAUUACAGUGGUCUUAGGAGGAACUGCUACAUUUCUAUGUGAAGUGAAUGGUAGCCCGGCAUCAACCGUGGACUGGCUUAAUCCACAAGACACGGUCAUAUCAACCGGCGGUAGAUUUACAGCUACCUCCUCCCGGCUCACCAUCACAAACACCCAGCAGUCGGACAGUGGGUACUUCACCUGCCGGGCUACCAAUGCCUGGGGAGAGAACACCGCAUCGGCCCUGCUCACAGUCACCGACCCAACCCAGGAGAUCAUCUUCACCAUGGUCCCGAUUGAUCAGUCUGUGGUUGUGGGAGGGAGAGUGACCUUCCCUUGCAGUGCUACGGGAAGCCCAACACCGACUAUUGAGUGGAGGAAGGAGUUGAGUGACCUGCCCACCGAUAGGAUUCAGGAGCCGGCUGUAGGCUGGUUAAGAAUAACAGGUAUCGAGGUCACAGAUAGUGGGUUUUACGUCUGUACAGCAAGCAACUCAAUCACAACAGUUUCUACGAGGGUCCAACUGAUUGUACAAGUGGCACCCAAUUUUACAGUACUUCCAGAAGAUACCAUUGUAGAGACAGGAGGGGCAGUAUUACUUGAUUGUGAGGCUGAUGGCAUGCCCACCCCUGCUAUAAAAUGGAACACUCCAUUACCUGAACUAGGUGUGUUGAGUGUGGCUAGUGGUCUACAGUUUGGAGUGGAAGUGUUCUCUAACGGCUCUCUUGCAAUUCCUUACGUUGAGAAUCGUCACGCGGGGACUUACGUCUGUUUAGCAUCCAAUACGGUAUCAUCUUCAUCGACAGCAACAUCCCUUACAGUUAGAAGUUCUCCUGUUAUCACAUCCUCUCCCAUUGACCAGACGGCUAUCGAGGGUGAGCUCGCUCGUUUCGAAUGCCGCGCUGCCGCUACACCCACACCGGUCAUCUCAUGGCUUUUCAACGGUCAACUCCUACUGACCGAUAUCAAGUUUGAGGUCCUCGGCAACGGAGAUCUUAGGAUUAAUAACGUGGAGGAGGAUCAGGAGGGGGUCUAUACGUGCAGCGCUGGUAAUGAACUUGGAGUUAGAAACGUUUCAGCGUACUUGACUGUGUAUCUUCCUCCUCAGUUUGUUGUUCAUCCUGUUGACAUUACUGUUGACCCCGGGUCAAAGGUCAGAUUAGACUGUGAAGCAUCAGGUGACCCGAUGCCGUCAAUUCAAUGGCAGAAGGAUGGUAGCCCUCUAGUUCUUGAAACCAACAUUGAGGUGCUUAGUAACUCUAGUAUUGUAAUUGAUGGCUUACUGGAAACCAAUACAGGGGAGUAUACAUGUAUAGCUACCAACGCAGCAGGGAGUAUUCAGGUCACUGCAACACUCUCCACUCCCGAUGUCCCCAAAUUCACCACUGCUCCUUCCAACACCACCGGCAACGAGUCUUACCCAAUCAGCAUUCGAUGCCGAGCCGACGCCCGCGAGACACCGAUCAUCUCCUGGUACCUGAGUGAUGCAGACGGUAACCAAGGCGAUCGCAUCGGUCUCGGCAUCAAUCCUCCAGCGACAAGAGCAUCGCUGAGCUUUGUCUCGGUGAAUGGUGACCUCGAGCUGAACCAGGUUACAAAGAGAGACGAGGGAUGGUAUCUUUGUUUAGCAGAGAACAGUGCGGGUAGCAUCAGUGAGGUCGCCUUUCUCUCAGUCAAUGUCCCUCCUCGGGUAACCAGCACCAACACCCCUGUGAGUGCAAUGGAAGGGUCUGACUAUACUCUGCUCAGUUGUGAAAUUGAAGGACAACCCACCCCUGACAUCACAUGGUUCCUUCCUAGUGAUGGGCCUGUUCCCACGGAUGCCACUAGCUACACCAGUAGCAUACAGGGUAACACUGCCUACUUGGUGGUGUACAGCCCCAAUGUGUCCCAUCACGAUGGUGACUUUGUGUGUGUCUUGUCCAACUUUCUUGGCAGUGCGAAUGCAACCGUCCGGGUUACUGUACAAGGUGGUCCUGUGCUUACUGCUGUAGAAGCAUUCCGAUCAGGUCUUAACAGCAUCACCCUCCGAUGUCAAACCAAGGGAGCCCCCACCCCUACCACCACCUGGCAGAUGGGGACCACACCCUUGCCACACCCAUCAGUGACCGGUCAUUCAGUAUCCCCUGAUUGGUCAUUGGUCAUUACUGGUCAGAGUGUUGGGGUGGAUGACGUGUAUUCCUGUGUAGCUACCAAUCGUUAUGGUUCUGUGACGGCAACACUUCAAGUUCCUGGACAGGUAGCCACACCCACAAUCUCUGACAUCACAUCAACCAGUCUGAAUCUCAGCUGGGCCACGCCCACCCCCACCAGCGACCUGCCAAUCACAGCCUACAAUGUCCAAUACCAGGCAGAGUCAAGUAAUGAAUAUUCAUUAGCUGGAGAGACAGGUGACCCUUUUUACACAGUAGAAGGUCUGCAGCCCUAUACAGGGUAUUGGUUCAGGGUGCAAGCAGUGAAUGGACUUGGAGUGGGUCCGUUUAGUCCAGCUACCAGUCUUGUGUCUACAGCACAGGGAGCUCCAAGCAGACCUCGAAGCGUUGAAGUGGCAGCGGUGGGAAACGUCAUCACAGUAACAUGGUCAGCGCCAUCUAGGCUCAAUGGCAACACAGAUGAUAUCAUAUAUGAGGUUCUCACCUAUCCAUUGGAGAACGAGUCAGAUAUCACCAUGGUAACCGUAUCCCACAAUGCCAACGAGUUCGGUGCCCUCAUCGAUAGCCUGGAGUACGUGAUGGACUAUGAGGUCAAAGUUCGUGCCGGGAACAGUGCUUUAAGAGAGUGGAGUCCCUACGUAACCGCUCAGAUUACAACGGGAUACCAAGCUCCAACAUCAGCCGUGGAAAACUUCAGUGCGAAAGCAAACAGCUCAUCCUCAAUAUGGCUUGUGUGGCAGCCGAUCAUCGAUGAAACCUUUGAAGCGUACCUCAUCUCCUUCCGGAUCCUCAACUCAUCUGAUAUGGCCCCAGACGUUGCCCUGACGGCCCGGGAGGCGUCCUCCUAUCUCAUCAUUGGUCUCCCUAGCGGCACACCACAUGGAGUACGCAUGGCUUAUCAGAACGCCGGAGGGCUGAGCCCGUUCACACGGGAGAUUAUUGUUACUACACUAUCAGCAGAUGAAACUACCGCAGACCGACUCCAAGGCGGGGGUAUAAACGGUGGUAUCAUAGCAGCUAUUGUGUGUGGUAUCUUAGCUGUUCUUCUUAUCCUAGCUUUACUUUCAUUUGGAAUGUUAUACUGGAAGAGAAAGAAUGAUGAUUGGUCGGGACAAAGUCACUUCAAUGUGGAUUCACUCUGGAUCAACAGACGCGGCGGCUCACAGAAAGGUGUCUACGACCUCUCCAUGGUCAACGAGAACUUUUCGCCGGACGAAACUGGGAUGUCGUCCGACUCUGCGUACGAUCUGGGUGGGGCUGGAGGAGGGAGGAGAGGAGAUUCUCUAGAGGUGUCACCAAGGUCAGAAGCAUCAGAAGGAGACGAGAAGGGGAAGAAGAAGAAAAGGAGAUGGAAGGGCUUCCCUGAUGUCAUCUAUAAAAACCCUGAUAAUCCUGGUGUAGUGUUGGUCAGUCAAGCAGUGAUAGGAGAUGUGUCCCCACCUCCGGUACAAGUCAAUAAAGAAGAAGUCCUUUCAGAAGAUGAGGCAGAGCAAAGCGAGCCAAGACCGUUAAGUUUGGCAGAGGACUCCCUUCCACUCAGUUUCGACUCUACAUUCGAUAGGUCAGUCGGAGUUGAGGAAAACAUUUAUGUUGAGGUUGGAGAAGCCGCUGCUGAGAGUCCUCCUCUCAACACAAAUCCCCAUGGCAACGAAGGAGACUCCAGAGGCCUGUCGCCCGAGUUCCCGGUCUUCCCGAACGCUGACGACAGCGUCAAGCUCUCUGACGAUCUCCACGUUGACCGCAAGCUGAUGAGAAAGAUGGAGAGGAAAGCGGAGAGAGAACAGGAGAAGAAGGCGAGGAAGAAGGAGAGAGAGGAAGAGAGGAGGAAACAGAAGGAGACGGAGAGAGAAGAGAAGGAGAGGGAUAAGAUGUUUGGUGGAGGACGGAGGAUGUCCGGUGGGAUCGGGAAGAUUUUCAAGAAAAAGAAAUCAGAUGAAAUACCCUACCCCGAGACAAACUUUGGUAUAACUACGGAGAGACAGGUCGAAAAUGCUGGAAUGUUUUAGAAUGACACUGAACUUUGAAUACUUCAUCAUGCACCUAACAUGUGUAGUCCAGUCUGGUUUGACUGAUUAUUAAGUAUUAGAGACACCGCCAACGUAUUAUCAUGGGAUAAUUCUUGUAGUAUUGCGUGUGUACGAGUAUUCAUUUUAAACUUUUUACAAGUUACAUUAAAUAUCAUCUCAAAUGUUCAUUGCAUUAUAUGCAUAUCUGUGAUACUUAUAUCCUUUUAUUAUUAUUGCAUUCCUUUGUAUUUGUAGUUUGGUGAAUAUAUUGUGUGAUUGUUUGUUGCCGUCCAUGUAAAUGUUGAAAGCCUUUUUUGAGAUUGAAAUUACAAUGCAGAUUUAUCUUGCCUAUUGAUGGAUGUCUCUUUUUCAUGUACCUUGAUCAUGUCAAAAAACUUAUGUGCCCUGUCUGUUAAAUUGUUUUUUUCUCUCUCUUAUUUAAAGUGCUUAUGCCCACAUUAGGUGGUUGCCAAUAGUAUAAUACUAGUAAUCUGUGAGCUUGUCUGCCUGUCAAUCUUAUUUCGUUUUCGCAAAAACUAAAAAUCCAUUUAGCAGAUCAAUUUCGAACUUGGCCCAAGUAUAAAAAUAUGAGCGAUUAGAUUUUAUGUAUAUUUAUUGUUGGAUGAAUGUGUGACACAAACAGUGUACACUUGUGAAGCGUUAAUUCCAUAAAAAUAUUAUAAUAAUCAGAAAAAUGUCAAAAUUUAAGAUGCUUUUGAAAUGGCACUAAUACACCAGUUGGGAACUGAACCCCGGGUCACUGAAUUAUAAGACCAAUACUCUACCAACUGAGCUAUCACACCUUCUUGUGUGUUUCAUGAGGCUAUAAAAUUUGCAUUUCCCCCAUUUUUAUCUGGCGAUAUUUUGCGACCUUGAACCUUGAAGAAGUUCUCUCCCAAAAAGCGUACACGCUGUCCUGGAGAGAUGAUGACCUACAUAGAUGAUGCUUUGAUUAGGGUUGUGUUUUAUAAACUUUUCACUGACAGUGUACAUGUAAUCUCUAAAGUGUGAAAUGUGUAAAGGGAUGGUAUCAAUUCUAGAUUAGGUACUAUUGAAUUGUCACUAUUUAAAACGAGGAAAGGGAAGAAGAGAAGAAAACCUUGAUGUUAUGAAUCACCUUGAAUUUCUACCUGCAAUGUAUCUCAAUAUCUUAUUCUUUCAUUUCUGCCUUUUUUACACUGAGUAUAAAUCGUCGCCUUCCCGCACAAAGGCCGUUAGAGUGCACUGCGCGUCGCCUUCCCGCACAAAGGCCGUUAGUGCGCACUGCACGUCACCUUCCCAUGGAAGGGCUGUUAUCGUGCAGUGAACAGUGCGCGCUAACGGCGUCGUGCGGGAAGGCGACACGCACUCUCGCUAAUGGCCCUUUCGCGGGAAGGCGACGCCGGUGCGCACUAACAGCCCUUGUGCAGGAAGGCGACGAAAUGUUGUAUGUCCACAAAAUUAAAAGCCCAGUGUUAAGUAAGAUCAAGCUUAAUCGUUUUUCAGCCAGUCAAAAUACUCAGUAAUGUAUUAGUUUUCUUGAGGGCUGAAUGGAAUACCAGCCCUGUGGUAUAUCUGUUUAUCAUCAUUACAUUGUACAUACUUUUAUAAUGUAUGUUUGUUGUGAUUUGUUUUAUCUUUUGGCUGUGUUAAUCACUGUGGUUAGGUUUGUCUAGUACUCAGCUGAAUUGUUUCAUUGUUUUAUAGUGUCGCAUAAAGUUGUCUUGUUUUUAUUAUUCAUGCAUGGAGUUUGAAUGUGUAUACUAGUGUAUAUUUAUCAUAUAUUGGCUGAUACAUGUAAACCACCUUGAUCAUCUUAUAUAUGUAGUGUAUUAAAGCAAAUGUGUGUGUGUAUUUUGUAUUCUCUAAAGUCUAUGCAAGAAGGAAUUGUUAUUUGCUAUUCAUUAUUUUGUGUCUGUGACAUCAUGAUCUUAAAGAUAUCCUAUGAGCUGUAUAUGACUGGCUAGAACCUCUUCAAAACGUGAAAGCACUGCAACAUUUGUGUACAAACACAGUUCGAGGCAAAAGAUAACAAUUACAUGUACUUGUAUUUUGUCACCUAAGUUAAAAACGUAAUGUUUAUCAAUAAAAUUGUUCAUUAAUCUAGCACAAAAACGUCCUUUCCAAAGUUGCUUGGACAAUCGUUUGUCAUCACUUUGUAUUAAUUUUGAUGUAAAUGAGAGGGGAGGGGGGAUGACUUUUUCCAGAAAACCUUAGACAAAAAAAGUGCUUCUGAAGAUGGUAAUGACCCUAUUUUGCUUGUCGGAAAAAAUUAUAGACUUGAAAGCGGCUUAAAUUUUUUCCAUAUAUAUGGGAGUGGACUGACGUUUAUGAACUCUACUAUAAGAUGUCAUUGAAACUUUUGCUUCAUGAGGUUUUAGCUCUUCACAAAACAUUAAAUUAGUAUUUGCUUUUUUUUAUGUAGCACCCAUAAUCUGUGCUUUGUAUUUGCUACACUAUUGAGUACUUACAUCAGGGUUCCCACAGAAAUUUGAAAACAGAAUUCCAUGACUUUUCCAUGACUAAAUUGCUGCUUUCCAUGACUUCCCGUGACCUCCCGGGAGUUAAAUAGAAUUUGGGAUGUCACAAAACUGGGAAAAAUGGAAAUCAUGAACACCAAUUAUAAUAGCAGAGUAUAUGAGAAUUGCGAGACACGACAAACUGGAAAGCUGCCAUAGCCAAGAGGUAAAUGCAAUUCCAUGACUUUUCCAUGACCACAAGUUUUUCAAGGAUUUUCCAAGACUGUGGGAACCCUGUUACAGGUUACAAUAUAAAUUCCAAGAAACAUGUAAAAAAAAAUGUUUGAUCCGUAAGUUAAAGGGGGGGGGGGGGGACUCUCCCUGUUUUUUUUUUUUUGGGGGGGGAGGGGUGGUACCUCGACUUGUUUUCAUCAACAGUAAUUGUAAACAAUCGAUUCUGUGGAUUGAACUUUAUGUACUUUGUCGUUCUAAGAUGUCAAUUCAUUUUCCUAAUAUUUAAGUUUUAUUUUCCAGUGUGUCCUUUUAAUCUACUGCUGCAUAUAAAUGUGAAUGAUUAUAUGUAUUCAUUGUUACAAGUGAAUGAAAUGAAUUUAGAUACUAUGCAAAUAGUAAUAAACAUAUUUUGUAAUGUAUAAGAA